AUGAACAUCAGAUUACAACCUAACACAAAUCCUGCUAAGAAUGUUAUCCUUUUCCUUGGUAAGUGCACUGACUUGGAAAUAAAUCUGGAAAUGACUCAUAUUGCAUGCAUGCGUAAUGAUUUACUAAAGAGUUCGAUCCUUAGUGACCUCUAGUGCCUGAUCUGGGCGAACGUGAGUGGGAAAAAGAAUACUCAUGUCUGAUAAUCUGAGUCGUUUGAUUUCGAUUUUCGAGUUUGACGUUUGAUUUUUGACAUUUGUUUUUGUUGAUGAGUUUGAUUUUUUAGUUUUGAGUUGAUUUUGUGUUUUGAAUUUGGAGCAUUUAUCUAUUGAUUCGAAGUUACAGUUGAUUUGGAAUUUUGAUUUUGAAUUUUGAUUUCGAGUUUUGAUUUCGAGUUUUGUCAGUACGCAUUUGAUGUUUAGUGACGUUUAAUGUUUGCUAUUCCGUAUUUGAUUUUUUAUUUUCAAUUUUAUGUUUUGAUUUUGGUUUUUUGACGUUUCCUGUUUGAUAUUUUAUGUGUUGACGUUGGAUAUUUGAGGUUUGAUGUUUUAGUCUGUUUUGUGAAUCUUUUGAUUUCUUUUCAUAUCCCAGGUGACGGCAUGGGUAUUAGUACGACGACAGCAGCGAGAAUAUUUGAUGGUCAAAGCAGAGGUGAAAGUGGAGAAGAAAAUGUUUUAAGUUGGGAAACAUUUCCAUAUACAGCAUUAUCAAAGACAUAUAAUACUGAUGUCCAGGUCCCUGACUCCGCCGGCACCGCUACGGCAUUUGGUACCGGGGUAAAGACACGGGAAGGUAAAUAUUUUCCCGCUAACUCUUAUUAAUAGAGAGUUUACAGUCCACGACGCGGUCUGAAUUUUAGCUCAAAGAAUGAGCGCUAAGCAAUAUGGUUACUGUAAUAAAUAUUUGAAACUUUUUUAAAUAACCUUACAAAACUGCUAAGUUCGAAUUCGGCUAAAGCGAUGCAAUAUCUGCUGUAAUUCGACGUUUAACGUUGUGUUGAGAAUGACAAAGGCGUUGAGUAUUCCCUGGGACCACGUAUUAUUCACAGUUUUUGUCUUGCAUGACAAAUUUCUUUGUUUCCAAAGCGCGUCGUUGAGUCAGCCGCGUCGUAGAUCGUAAACUCUCUAUUACCAGUCUAGUGAGAGGACGCGGGUGCUUGCGUGUUUGCGUAUCUCUAGCUUUUUCGUCACGGCCUUCGCUCGAAAUGUCGCGGAAAUAGUUUACUCAUUCUUAGUUAGCGGCUUAGCGCAGACAAUAAUCACGGCAAAUAUGACGCUACGUAGCUUCAUAUGGCCUCGCGAUUUAAUUUGCUUUGCUUCAGUAGUAGCCUGCGUGCAGUCUUAUGACAAGCUACUUCAGUAGCGGUUUUUUGGUGGUUCGUACGCGUUGCGGUUUAUUGAAGGCAGUUUAGUUGCGGUGAUGUGAUGGAUUGAUUGCGCUUCGAUCAGUCACAAUUAAAGGUUACUCCAAGGCCAUCCUCGUCCCCAGGGCCACUCUCGUUGCUCUCGCUCUCGUGGAUGCUCCAAGGCGUAAUCGCAGUUCGUAUACGAUUAGCUUGCGGUUCGUCCAAGAUUGGUUUGCAGAUUCAUUGCUGUUUAAUUAAUUAGAUGGAAUGUUCAUUGUAUAGGUAUCCUAGGUUUAAAUGGCAAAGCCAUUUUUGAGAAUUGCGCUAGUGCCAAAGGAAAUGAAGUGCUGUCAAUUUUAACGUUUGCCGAACUCGCGGGAAUGUCUACGGGACUUAUCACGAACACGCGUGUGACUCACGCAACGCCUGGAGCUUUCUACAGUCACACACCAUCACGUAAUUGGGAAAAUGACCAGUCCGCGCAGGGAACGUGUGUGGAUAUAUGUAAGUAGCCUCUCUCCUCCACAGAGGCGAUUGGAAUAGGCUUACAUGAAUGGAAUAGACUUCAUGUAAGCGCGCACGAAACUUCAUGUAAGAUUCUGUAAGAUUCUGAAACUUCAUGUGCGCACGAAACUUCAUGUAAGAUUCAUGUAAGCCUAUUCCAAUCGCCUCUGCGGAGGAGCUGUGUAUUUGUGUAAGGACAUGCGAUAAUUGACGUUUUCGUGAUGCAUGCAAUAAUUAUUUCCUGUACUUGAGGCUCUUGAGCUGGUAAAGAAUGUCCUGAAGGCAUACCUAAUUUUAGUGUGCAGACAAUUUGCGCUGGGGCCCCAGUUAAAGGUGGGCCCAAGAAAGAAUUACAUUGAAAUGUACAUAUAUAUAUACAUAUAUAUAUAUAUAUAUAUAUAUAUAUAUAUAUAUAUAUAUAUAUAUAUAUAUAUAUAUAUAUAUAUAUAUAUAUAUAUAUAUAUAUAUAUAUAUAUAUAUAUAUAUAUAGGUAUAACUGCCAACAAACUUCCAGAAUGCAGGACUUGGCCAUUUCUGGGACCUCAGAUUUCAUCAUUUUCCCGGGGAGAAUGCCCCCGAACCCCACUAAUCAUAGUUUUAGAAGAUGGAAUCACGAGGGGCCACAACUUAAUUUUUGCCCUGGGCCCCCAAAUUUCCCUGGGCGACCCUGGGUGCUAUGCAGUGUAUGUUGAUUUUGGGAUCUUUGAAUAUCAAUUGUAGCCUGUCUUUUGGUUACACAUUAUUAUAUGGGUGUGUUCAGAAAUUUUCAGAGCGUGCCUUCUGCUCGGCUAAACUUUGCACAAAAAUCUGCAGUGAUAAAAAAUUCUUAAAGUUAGGUAUGCCUGAAGGGGUAAAAUGGGAACUGGUAAUUGCUUAUUUUUGGACUGGGAAAUGGGAUUUGGGUUACUGGGAAUGAAGACGUUGAUUGAAAUAUCCAAAUUUUCAAAACUACGAUGGCCGAGAAGGGGGCCAUGACUGUAAACAUGCACUCGCCGUUUUUUUUCCAUUACACACGUUUUUUUCUUCAAAAUUACACUUGCCGUUUUUUCUUCAGAAUUACACGCGACGUUUUUUCAAUGCAAUAAUUACACGCGACGUUUUUCAAUGCAUUAUUUGCACUCGACGUUUUUUCCAAAAAUUACACCCGCCCUUUUUUUAUAGUUACGUUGUUAAACUGAGGGUUUAAUUCACUUCGGAUGAAGAUGGGAGCAAUCAUAAGGUUAGAGUGUUUCAUCAAAACAAAAAAUCUUGUAAAUAUAUACAGUACAAAAUUUCACUUUUCAGUCGGUUAAGACUUUUGUGUUUUCCAAACUAAACAAAAGCUUUAAUUGUGUAUUUCAGCGUUGCUAUAUAUAUCACUGUACCACAUGGAAGAAGUUAUUUCGCUGACCUCAGAAUGACAUUCGUCAAAACAUUUUUCUUCAAGAUUGAUUAGAAACAAACUUGGAGUAGGGUUAGGUUAGGUUAGGGUUAGGGUUAGGGUUAGGGCAAGGAUUAGGGUUAGAGUACGUUGGUGUUUGGAAUAGGGUUAGUGUUAGUGUUAGUGUUAGUAAAACCGUUGCUUUGUUACGCUUUGUCACUCUGAGGCCAGCGAAAUAACCUCUUCACAUAUAUAUUGCCGUAUUAAACACAUGUAUAUAACAAAAAUAACUAUAUGACCCUGGCAAAACACGACAAGCUUUUUUUUAUAUAUAGGUUGGAAAACACAAAAGAAAAGAAUGCAUUAUAUAUUCAUAAUUAACCGACUGAAAAGUGAAAUUUUGUACUGUAUUUACAUUUUUUGUUUUGAUGAAACACUCUAACCUUAUGAUUGCUCCCAUCUUCAUCCGAAGUGAAACCCUCAGUUUAACAACGUAACUUAAAAAAAGGGCGAGUGUAAUUUUUGGAAAAAAUGUCGCGUGCAAAUAAUGCAUUGAAAAAAACGUCGCGUGUAGUAUUGCAUUGAAAAAACGUCGCCUGUAAUUCUGAAGAAAAAAAUGGCGAGUGUAAUUUUGAAGAAAAAAAACGAGCUAGUGUAAUGGUAAAAAAACGGCGAGUGUUUACAGUCAUGGCCCUUCUCUGCCAUCGUAUACAAAACAGCUCCAGAGCAAUUAUUGAUAGACAAUUUGUCUAAAAAACGUACAGAAAAACUGAUUUAACCGACGUACGGCUCAAUUAGGUCAUUGUGUUGUUAUUUCGAGUCAAUAAAUUACCUUAAUUUUCUCGGAAAAAAUUAGCUCUAAAGAACGGAAUUAAAACGCAGAAUUGCGUUUAAAAUUCAUCAUCUAAAUGAAGUUAAUGAAGCACCUGCCCUGGGAUCUCCCUUCAAUUACACAUGCUGUCAUGGACUGGUAUUUUAUAUAAAAAGUGGCUGGGAAAUGGGAUUUAGAUGCUGAUUUCCCGUCCUUCAGGACCCUAUAAACGUUGAGUCACUGAAUUAAAAUGCACUCACUUUUUAAGAUAAAUUACAUGAAGUAGUAAAGUAUAGUUUUUUACUUUUCAAUGUUUAGAUAUUUCGCAAGUUCUUUUAAAAUACUGCAUUAAUUUUUUAACAGGUUUUGCUAUUUUUCAUUGCUUUCGUUACUAUACUUUCAUUAUUACAAACGAGAAUCGAUCUUCAUUUUCUUUCCAGCUCGUCAAUUGAUUGAGUACCAAUAUGGCAAUGGUAUCGACGUGGUCUUGGGUGGUGGGUGGAGGAGCUUUUUGCCGUGCGGGAGUAAAGAUCCAGAAGGAAAAACCUUUGAAGACUUAGCCAAAUGUCGGAAUGAUGGUCGUAAUCUAACCAAUGAGUGGUUAGGGAAAUAUAACAAUUCUGCUGUGGUUUGGAAUAAAGAUGAAUUGAAGAAGAUUGAUCCAGAUCAAGUUGACCAUCUUUUGGGUAAGAUAAUCGAUGGGCCGGUUGUAUAAAAACGUAGUUAAAUUAGUAAAUUAACUGUAGUUAGCGUUAACUACCGUAGUUAAAUCCUUAACUGUACAUGACUUAACUCACUGCGUUGCACAAAACGUAGUUUUACUGAGAAAAGAUAUAGGAGCACGCAUUCUAUGUCUAUUAUUCUAUGGUUGACUGUGUUCCUGUUUUGAAGAAUGGCGCGCUGCAAGGCAUUGGUGUUGAGGUCACCAUUGGCACUGGUGUUGUUUGUGAUAAGUCGCUUGACAGUUUUCACACCGACUUCUGCACCUCACGAAAAAAUCCCCGCACGCCUAUAGCUCACCCAGAGCUCCGCGCGCCUAGCUCACCUCGAGCUCUGAACGCUAUUAAUUACUAAAGAGCCUGGUACUAAGAGACCUGGCGGGAAAAACUGUUAAAUGGCGGGAAAAUCUGUACUUACGAUUCGUAUGAUGAAUCAUUGUAGUGUUAUUUGUCUGUGACUUCGUGUAUUUGGCUUCCUUUGAUUCUUUAGUUUCUCAUCAUAGAUGGGAGCUUAUCCAUUUCAUGAGAAGACGCUAAUAAACUACACUUUACUAGUUUACUAUACACUUUAACUUCUAUCGUGAGAGUGCACUGAGCUAUAAAUGUUAAUUGAUCUUAUAUUACGCACUAGAGAUAACAUUUAGCCCUUUAGCCAAUCAAAAUUAACCAGCAUCUUACGCACAUCCAACCCCAACCCUAACCCUAACCUGUGGUCGUGAAACUCCAAACCUCAGAACAAACCUGCAACCUGUAAUUUAGAUACUCAUGCAAACUUUGAAAAAUCAAAUUAUGUUUCCGAUCAUUUCUCGGCCAUUUAUACCAAAGUUGUUAAGGCAUAUUUCAGUUAUAUAUUUACAGCUACGUUCAUGCAUAUACAGCAGCUUAUAUAUUUACAGCUACGUCCAUGUUUUCGUUCAAGGAGGUGCAGUCAACAGUUGUGCACGUCUGAACUACCUUAAAAAAGGAAACACGUUGAUGUUUGAGGGGGAUGGGCUCUAACCUCCCUGAAGGGGCAUCGAGCACUUCACUGUAAAUGAAGUGUUUUCAAGUGAAAUCGUUUUAGAUAGUUCAGAAAGAAACUAUACGGCAACAAGAUGUAGAGAUACUACAGAGAGGUAAUACACUGCCUUGGCGCUGUGACCUUGGAAAUGCAACGGGCACUAAAUGGUUACUUUUUUAAAAAUAAUAAUAACAAAGCACAGAACAAAGUCAAAGAGAAAGUGUCUGACUGGACUAACUAGACAUGCAGCCGCUGUCGCAGUGCUAUCUAGUAAAACUGCUUGUCAUUUUACAGCUGAUAUUUCAUAUUUGAGUAAUAUAGAAAAUACUUUUUGCAGCAAGCCUCAGCGAACCGAAAACAUUUCAGCUACUUUGCAACCGUACACAAUACAAAAACAUAAAAUAACUUUCCGUAACUAUCUUUCUUCUCUUUCAUAUGCAUGCAAUGUCUCAAAUUAUUAUUAAUUACUAUAGCACUGACAACUCACAAACGAAUAUUCCUGUAAAUAAAUUUGCGAAGCGAAAAACAAAUUUCGGCAAUGUGAUUGGUCAGAGAAAAAAUUCGCCGCGAAAAGUUGGAACAGUUCCUACUUUUUUACUGAGCUUCGUACGGGCUUUACUGAGCAAUUGGUGAAGUCUUGGUUGUUAACGCGGGCGCCUACGAGCUUGUCUGCAGCGAGCUUGAAGAGUGCUGGUUCGAACCCCGUCCAAGUUAUAAUUGGUCUCGAGCUCUUUCAGUGUUUUAGUCUGUUUUUAACUCUAAAAGACAUUUACCGGUUAAAGUAAAUUGAGAGCCACGGUGCAAAUACGACAACCUUUUUUUGCAUUAUUUUGUGUUCAUGUGUUUGUGUUAAUUUGUAAAUUUUUUUUAUAUUUCCACGCGCUACCGCUUCUUUCCAAAAUCUGUUUCUCGUUUCGCGAGAACUCAAAUUGACCUAGCUAGUGAAAAACGGUCUUUACGGUUUGAGUUUAGUUUUACAAGCGGGCUGUAUACCCAGAAAAUGUAGGGCAUUCGGCUAUAAUUGUAGAAGCGCACGGGGAAGCAGUAUACAGUAUAGCCAUCUGUGGAUGAGAGAUGUUUAUCUAUAGGCUGUUUAUUUCACUGAUUUCAUUGCAAUUGUGGUUGAUACAAGCUCAGCAAGUGAAAUUUUGCAUAUGAAUGACUCAUCCCUCCCACUGAUCCUAACUGGCCGGGACAGAUGUAGGGGUGCACCGGAACUCGGUUCCGGCAUUAUUUUGAUGUAUUGAAAUAAGUUGGGUGCCCAUUUCUCAGAAAGAGAGACCAUGUUUCUUUUGGUAUAUUAUAUAACAAUUAAUACCUUCUUUUCAUUAUACAUUAUUCAGGAUUAUUUGCUUCCAGUGUUAUGGAAUACGAAGUUUUACGUCCUGAGAAAAAUAGAUCACAUGAGCCGAAUUUCAUUGAAAUGGUUGAGAAAACCAUAGAGAUACUUAGGAAAAAUCCCAAAGGAUUCUUCCUGAUGGCUGAAGGUACAUUAUUUUCAUUAUUUUACAAUUGGCCUUUAAUCUCAUGCAUGCAUCGUAUUAACCUGAUGUGGUGUAUAAUACAAGGUAUUCAGACAGACUAGGUGUGCUAGGGCAAUCUACACUGCAAUUGGGCAAUUACGCCUAAUAUCUUCUGCGCAUGAUCCGUCCGUUCGCCGCAUUUCAUGUAGACAGACGAUUAUGAUUUAAACUUCCUUUUGUUUGCCCACAUUUGUCCAGACGGAUCAUCCGUAUCUUAUAUAAAUCGGACUGUCCACUUCAAUGAAUACAAAUUUAAUUUUAUUGGAUUAUAUAGGUGGUUUGAUUGAUUGGGCUCACCACGACAACAACGCACAUUUAUCUUUAUCUGAAACAGCCUCAAUGGCGAAAGCUGUGAAGAAAGUUCAAGACAUGACGAACGCAGGUUAGUUAAUUUGGCCAGGGCGCAGUAAAUCACCUGAUUUGACGAACAUUUAACGUGGUUAGCCUUCUCAAAGGUGGGGGGUGUAGGUUGAUUUGAAGACUGCAGCUGUUAGCCGAACAGAACAGAACUAUAGAGACUCCAGCAGUCAGCCGAACAGAACAGAGCUACAACAGAACAGAACAUUUGGUCAGGUAGGCAAGCAGAAGCAUGGUGAGUUGGUGAUGAAAUUAACAGCUUAUAAGAUGAAAAGACUUGUGACCAACAAUGGACAGUAUGCAUGGUUGACAGCAGAAGUCGAGACGCUCAAGGCAAGGGAUGAUAUAGUAGACAUUUGUAAAGAAUGGCAAAUAUAUACGCUAUCAGGGCCGCAUCUCAAAUAAGGGAGUGGUCAUUAUUUAUGGGGAGGGGGGGAAAUGGGGAAAAUAAGGAUUGAAAACUUUUUUGACCCCCCUCUCCAGACUGAAGGCAAACUUUUUGUGCCCCCCCCCCUCAUAAAAGUAGAAACUUUUCUGACCCCGCCCCCCAGUGUGGAUUGAAAAAUUAACAGCAAUGAAACGGGUGUGCGUUGCAGGUAAAGUUAGAUAUUGGGACAAUCUGUUUAAUCUAGCUCAUGAUGUUUUACCCUGGUGAAUAUGAUUCAACCAUAUAUGAUUAAAAAAUAUAUAUUAUGUAUUCGUUACUACUUUGCAAUGCAACAUUUGUCCUACCAUAACCCUAGCCCAUGACCCGUCUUCAUACAGCGAAAUGAUUUGAACACAAGGUUUUUUUAAGAACUUGUCUGGGGGUGGGCAUCUACAAAAAGGGACCGUACUAUAUUGAGUGUGGAGAGAUGACAGAUGGUUGUUGGUGACAAAAAGUUUGGUGUGGUAUCGUAUGUACUAGUAGCGGGGUCUGGGGGUAUUCUCCCCCUGAAAAUGUUUUGUAUUUUUCCACCCCUAGAACUGAAAUGUGAGCAUUUUCUGAAACAGAUUUUUGGAUAUACAGCGUUACAUUGUGCGUUGAUAGACCGAAUCUGAUCAGUUAAGUGUACUUGCAUGGUAUGUUUAUGUAAAUACCACAACUGGGUCACUCAGGGGGUAGAAAGCUUGUUAAACUUAGUGGGCCCGACUCCCACGAUCGCGAGGCGCUACCAUGGUUGGCGCCGAGCAGGGAAAUUUUGAAAAUUUUGAGUCUCUAGAUCGUUGGAAAUAGCAUUUUCAGAGUCUUCUUUUUUGCUAUUUGUGAUUAUAGAAAUAAGAACUCUAGACAUGGUAUUUAAGUUCAAAAACUUUUAUGACCUUCUUCUGUGUUAAAACUUUUUUGACCCCCCCUAUUUAUAAGGGUAAAACUUUGUUUACCCCCCUCCCAUUUCCCAACCCCCCCCCCUCCCCAUAAAUAAUGACCACUCCCUAAGUAUAACAAACUUCCAGGAGUACGUAUCUAGUAAAAUCCUUACCCAAAGAUUGAGCCGGAUUGGUAGGCCAUUUAUAAGAGAUCAGUUCAACUAUGGCUAAUAGCAAAAUUUUCCUACCCUCGUCUCAGGUCACUUUUCGCAAGGUUAACGUUUUGGUGAAUAUCUUAAUUUGUGCUAUCUGCUUGGACAGGCUUUGUAUUCCUAUCAUUUCGGACACUAUAAAACAAUUUAAUUAAAAAAUAUAUAACACAUUAAACAACAGCAAACAAUAAGGACAACAAUUUACUUAAUAUACUAGGAGUAACCACAUGUUAAAAGUGCGACCAAUGUAUAUUGCACCACACUCCAUAACGAUAUAAAAAUUCUCGUUUUCUAGAUGUGUCACAACAAGUAUAAUAUUUAACAAUUAUUCACCGAAGGCGAGGUGAUUAUCGGAGAAUAUUCGCCGAGACGAAGUCGAGGUGAAUAUUCAAUCCCCGAUAAUCACCAAACCUGAGGCGAAUAAUUGUUUUAGUAUUUUUGUGUUUUUUGGGACUGAAUUUAUUUUAAUUUCGGUUAUUUCCUUAUCAGUAUAAUGGCCACACAGCGGCUAUCCGCCAUUUUGAAAAUUUCGGUUUUGUUAUAUUCACCUAUAGGUGAAUAUAACAGCUUAAUACGUCAAUUUUAACCAAUCAAUUUGUAGGAUUUGUUAUGUUCACUUGUGCAAAAAUACUGAAAAGUAUAUAGGCUACACUGAAUAUAUGUACAACGCGUUGUCCAAGUAUAAACAAUACAGUCAAUUCUAUUAUGUAAUGUUGAACCUUAUUUUUUUUUAUGCAAAAUCAUUUUGAACAUCAACAAGGUCAGGCCGAAAUAGAUUACAACAAGGGUCAUAAAUAACAAAUAACAGCUAAAAUCUAAAGCCAGUGCAACUGUAACUCGGCAAACUGUCAUAGAUAACAAAUAAAUAACUCAAUGUAGAACUGCUAUUAAGUGCAAAUCGAACUGCUAAACAAAUUUUCAAAACUACACUAGCUAGACAAGGUUUUCGAGGUUUUCUUGGCACGUUUGCCGAUGUUUUUUGCACAAUUUGCACACGAAGUUAAUACACAACUAUUAAUCGAACUGCGCUAUACAAGUUUUCAAAACUACACUAGCUAGACAAUGGUAUAUGCAAAAAGUUUAUUGCAUGAACAAAUAUAUAUAUAUAUAUAUUGUUAUCCUGAAAAGUUUAAAAACGUAACCGGCUUUUCCUGUUUAAUAACCACAAAACUGAACAAAGAAUGCAAAGAACAGCGUUACCAACUGUAAUUUUGUAAAAAUCCCAAGUAAGCUCCCAAAAUAUCCCGAGAUUCCCUAAAAAAUCCCGAUAGUGAUUCCCACUUUUUUACGUCAUAAUUUUUUUUUUUGGUUUUCGCGCCAAUUUCGGGUAGGAUAGCGUCGUACGUCAUGUUGUGAAAACGAAAUCUGACAUCAAAUAUGCAGCUCAAUAGGGUUUAAAUACGAGCGGACGAACCCUGGAUUUUUAGCAAAAUUGUUUAUUAGUCAAUUUUACCAAAAAUCACGAUCAACGAAGGCAAAAUUUCCCAUGUGGUACGCCAUAUAUGGUCACGAGUUCCACAUACGGAUAAAAUGAGCCCGCAAAGGGUGUUGAACACACAUUCCAGCGGAAAAAGGUGUUGAACACAAUUUUUUGUUGAAUUUUUGCAAUUCAGCGAAAAUCUCCCAUAUCUGAGAUUAGGAUGCUCCCAGCUCGCUCGCUGGUGCUCACUCGCUGGUCGCAAUAACAGCUUUCAACAAUGCGUUGCUCUUAAUAUUUUGACAGCUUUUUCAACAUUGUUUCAAUACAGUUCGGUAUCCUUUUGACUUGAGGUACAAUAGUUCUCAAGCAAACAACACCAGCUUAUAAAGGUCUAUAAAUAGUUUUACCUCAAUUUCAGAUGAAACUCUAAUCCUGGUCACGGCAGACCACUCGCAUUCCUUCACUCAAUUUGGCAAUGUGAAACGUGGUAAUCCUAUAUUUGGAUUUCAAUCAAAGCUCCCUCUGGACGGUAAACCAGCACUCUCCCUGUCCUAUGCAGAUGGCCCGACUGGCUUAAUUGGAAACCAAACUCGAGCCAAUCUUACUGGUGCGAAUUAUAACGACACAGGUUUCCUACAGCAAGCUCUCAUUAAGAUGGAGUACGAGUCUCAUUCGGCUGAGGAUGUUGGUCAGUUUUUUUAUAUUUUAAUAUUUACUUCUGCAUGUGAAUCUCAUUUCUAA